AUGCUCUCCUGGCUCUUCCGGCGCGCAGGCGCCAGGAAACGCGGUCGGGCGAGCACCACGACUGUUGAGAGCUGGGAAGAUGGCAGACGAGCCACAAUCUGGGGUCUUCCAGUCCGCAGCCAGACGGAGCCCGCGGGUUCGGUACCGACACGGCAGCCUAGCACCAAACAACGGCCCCGGCCGAACAAGCUUCAGCGAAGAAGAUACAGUUUCUCGCCUGGGCGCCGGGACUCUCUUCGAGUGGGCCGACAGCAGGGAGCUGGGGCCGAUCCAGAGGGAAGAUCCCUGCCCCGGGCCGCAACCGUUGAACGCCGAACGCUCAACGACCCUGCUGCUCGUAAUGACGAGAAUGUUCAAAACCACGAAUUUUUGUGGCGCGUUCCUACCCUUCACUACGCACGCGACGGCAACUCUCUUGCUCGCAGAAAGUCGACCAAAAAGCGUCGCCGGGAUGAACAGCGUGAGGCUGAAAUCAGAGCCAUGUGUGCUUUUUCGCCCAUCCGUCAUGCGACCACGGAGCCUGCACCCAAGCGACCUAUGAGGAGGCUGUCGAAAAGAAUCAAGACAGGUCUUGAUUCUUCAGCUAAACCUGAGUGGGACAGGUUCAAUCGGUCCUCGGACAUCUCGAUGCGGUUUCCCUCGAUCGAUUCAGCCCAGGAGUCCGACUCCUCGUGUAUGUCUUAUUCGGUAUCGACUCUUGAUUCAUUAUCCCCACGGCCGACCCUCCGAAUUAUCACGCCGCCCGAAGGAUGGUUCUACAGACGGCCAUCGCAGCGACGCACCAAGCUUAAGGAACCCAUCACUGAGGCUACCCUUAAGGCCCACAAACGCGUUGAUGACCUCGCCAACGACCUCAGCGCCAGCGACUUGCGGGAGCUCAUGGAAAGGGACUCGCGAAGGAAAGCACGUAAGAAGCAGCUCGAGCAACAAAAGGCCGAGCAGAGGAUUGCGCGCCGAGCUGAGAAGCAGAAGACUGUUGAGGUCGAGGCCCGGCGUCAAGGGAGAACAUCCCCUCCAAUUCUGGAUAGGGGUGUCAUUGGACGGGAGUUUGAUGCCGCCCUCGGCAUCGGGCCAUCGUCUGCGAUAGUUACCUCAUCCAGGUUACGUGAGCAGGAUGGCUCAGGCACCCCCCCUGCUGGACGUGGGGAAGCCGUUGAUGUCGAAAUGGCAGACCAUGCCCCUCAACUACAUCCUCUUGAAGUGUUCCAUCCUGUCGACAGCAUCCCUGAAGCAGUUCCGGAGCCUCAACCUUCUCAGUCUCAGCUCCCCCCUCUAGCAACUUCCGAUUCAAAAGCCUCCUUGCCCACGAAGCUUUCUCGUUCCAAGUCGUCACAAAUGUCCGAAGUCAGAACCGAUCAGUCUGGGUCACUGAGAAAAGAAUCUGUCGAGAGCGGCGAUAAGUCACCGCGGACAUGGACCUCCUUGUUCAGAUGGGGCAGCAAAAGCAAACGUGCCCCCAAGGAGCCUCCAUCGUUCACAAACACAUCAAGGGACUCAAUGCAAUUGGUUCAGCCACCGCCGCCUCCUCCAAUUGAUACUCUGGCCCGCUCCCUAAGCUCCCGGGGACCAAAGCGGACUAUGUCUCGUUUCAAGGAAGAUCUUCCCGACUCGGUUCGGUUGAUACGUACAACAUUUUCUCGAACAGCUGAAAACUCCCAGGACGUCGUUGCUAGAUCCUCAAAUGAGCAGGCCGGUGGUGAGCCUUCUCCUCAACUAACACACGACAGCCAGCAAGAUGGCACUGCUCGGGGGACUUCAUCGCCCAUCGAUCAGACCGACGAGCAUGGAGUCUCUCCCGAACCACAAAGCAUCCUUUCCCUUGCAUCUAUCGAUUCAGAAGGUUCUUGGUUUGCCGGUAAACUGUCCACAACACGGAAGUCAUCGGCACAAAUCUACCGCAGCGCAAGCGUCCGAAGUCGUCGCUACACACCCGAGCCUGAUCACAUCCCCGGAGCCGAGAACUACAGCCUUGCUGACGACGUGGACAUGACCGAUGACGAUUAUCUGGCACGCCUAACGCCUCAGCCAGGCGAGCAUUCUGGAUGGAAUCGCAAGUCUUCCGGGGAGGCUCGGCCAUCGAGCGACUGGGAAGACCAGCCACCUCAUUGGGGCAGCAUUAAAGAGCACCAGCCCAAGCUUGUAACUUCCCCCUCGAUGACACGCAUCAAGAGUUAUCAAGGCCUUCUCAAUCAGUCCGAAUACGGCAACAUCAGCCCGGUGUCCCCGGCCUCUGGAGAGAGUAAUACUAAUGCUUCUACCCCGCACGAAACCCCAACACUCCACCGCGCGACGAGCAUUGAUUAUGGAAAGUCGGCUCGUCGCCUCAGUGCCGGGAGCACUCGCCUACUCCAGAUCAGCCCUCGGCCAUCUGUCGAUGGCAGGAGGGUGAGCUUGCCGCCUGGUUCUGAUGGAUCCCACUGA